AUGGCGUCUUUCAGCAUGAUCCAGUUGUUUCCGAGGAUCCCCUCGCCGGGCAGCAAGACGUCAAAGAAGCCGAGGCAGCGGGGAGCACUUGGUGCAUUUGUAUUGGCGAUGUUGCUGGCAGUGCUCGCCGUGUUAUCUCGAAAGGCAGCGAACCAUGAUCUCAGCACCCCUGGUGGUGGUUCUUCUGCCAGAGUCCUGAUAAUGACCAGCGCAACAGGGGGUGGGCAUGGAGCUGCCGCAGCGGCGAUCAGACAUGGUCUCGAAGCCCUCGACCCAAGCCUGGGCAACUUUGACGUGAGGGUGCAGGACAUGUUUGCUGACCAUUGCCCUUGGCCUUUGAGCGAGUUCCCUGGCACGUACAAGUUUCUUAUGAAGAACCCUUGGAUGUGGCGCGCAGUCUACUACGGAAGCCAGUACGGUACCGCGCAGCUGAUGAACGCCAUUACUUUCAUCGUGGAGCCUUUUGUCCAUCAGGAGAUAUUGGACCGCGAGCCGGAUGUUAUCGUGUCGGUGCAUCCGAUGAUGCAGCAUGUGCCGAUCAAGAUGCUCAACAAAGCGGGCCGCCCACCUUGCCAGCCAGAGGACGUGGACAGCAGCGUCGAACAGGACGUGCAGCCCUGCACGCCGUUCGUGACCGUUGUGACCGACACUGAGACAGGCUCCAAUCUGUGGUUCCACCCGGGCGUCACGCGCGCUAUCGUGCCCGAUGAGAAGCUCGCCCGCCGCGCCAAGCAGCACGGUCUGAGGGACGCGCAGCUCCGGCAGGCGAGCGCUUUGCUGGUCUCAGCGCAGUUCAGUGUGGCCGCCCGCCUGGACCGCCGCCGAGUGCGCGAGGAGCUCGGUCUGUGCUUGGACUGCCCCGUGCUGCUCCUCAUGGGUGGCGGCGACGGCACCGGCAACAUGGACCAGUAUGCGUGGGCUGUCCAUAGGGAGCUUGCGAUGUCUACAGAUACGCAGCUUGUCGUGGUGUGCGGCCGAAACAGGGAGCUUCGCUCGCGUCUGGGCCAGCGGCUGAACGGCAACCACGUGAGCGGCCGCCGGCAGGCCCGCAUCCUGGGCUUCCGAAGAGACUUGGCGCUAUGGAUGCGAGCCUCGGACCUGCUCUUGACAAAGGCUGGGCCGUCUACCAUCGCGGAGGCCCUCACAGUCGGCUUGCCGGUGCUGCUCUACGGCUACCUGCCUGGGCAGGAGCGUGGGAACGUCGACCUCGUGGUGCGCAAUCGGGUUGGCGCUUACACGCCAGGUGCCCGCAACGCGGCGUGGACGGCGAAGGCGCUGCUGUUGGAGCGCAACGGCACGACCCUGCAGGAGAUGCGGGAGAGGGUCCAAGGCCUGUCUUAUGGCACGUCCGCCACCGACCUGGUCGUGGGAGAGGUCGCCCGCCUCGCGGCGUUCUCGAAGGGGCUUCGUGAUGCCCGCCUUUGA